AUGCAGCAAAAGACCGAGCGGCAGCGCGACACGGACGAGAUCUUGGAGAUGAUCAGGAUCAUGAAGGUCCUGGAGGCCUUCCAGGAGCUCGAGGAUGAGGAAGAUGCUGCAGGUGCUCCCAACGCGCCGGCAGACGACGCCGCGGCCGAGGACGACGAGAACAUGCCCAUCUCCGACAUGCUCAUGCUGGGUCUCAUCUCUCUGCAUGCUCAACACUAUCUCAAUGAGCGUCGUGUCAUUCCCAAGGGCAACAUUCUCUCGGUGCUGCUCGAGGACUGGAAAACCGGCUUCCCCAACUUCUUCCGAUCCUAUCUUCGUGUCACGCUGGCAACAUUCGACGCCCUGCUGGAUGCGAUCCAAGAUGACCCUGUUUUCCACAACAACUCCGACACUGCUGAACAACUUGCGGUCGAUUCGCAGCUCGCUGUUGCCCUCUACCGAUUUGGGCACUACGGAAAUGGUGUCAGCGUACGAAAAGUCGGCCUGCAGCUUGGGCUGGGAUUUGGGACCGUUGUGAAGUCCACUCGGCGGGUCAUUGCUGCCUUGUGCCGUGACCGUGUCUGGAAAUCUGCAAUCCGCUGGCCAACCGAGGAGGAAAAGGAGCAGGCAAAGGAAUGGGUCGAAGAGCAUUCGUGCCCUGCAUGGCGGGAUGGUUGGCUGAUGGUCGACGGCACUCUCGUUCCGCUAUAUGCUUGUCUGGCACAUUUCGGAAACAAUUGUUCAGAAUAUUAG